AGGCUCCAGUAUAUAAAUCAGGCAAAUUCCCCAUUUGAGCAUGAACCUCUGAAAACUGCCGGCAUCUAAGGUCUCCUCCAAGGGCCUCUGGAGUCCAGCCCAUAAUGAAGGUCUUGGCAGCAGGAGUCGUGCCCCUGCUGCUGGUUCUGCACUGGAAACACGGGGCAGGGAGCCCCCUUCCCAUCACCCCUGUCAACGCCACCUGUGUCACACGCCAUCCAUGUCACAGCAACCUCAUGAAUCAGAUCAGGAACCAACUGGCACAACUCAACAGCAGCGCCAACGCCCUCUUCAUUCUCUAUUACACGGCCCAGGGCGAGCCGUUCCCCAACAACCUGGACAAGCUGUGUGGCCCCAACGUGACAGACUUCCCUCCCUUCCAUGCCAACGGCACGGAGAAGGCCCGGCUGGUGGAGCUGUACCGCAUCAUCGCCUACCUUGGCGCCUCGCUGGGCAACAUCACUCGGGAUCAGAAGACCCUCAAUCCCAACUCCGUCAGCCUCCACAGCAAGCUGAACGCCACCUCGGACAUCAUGCGGGGCCUCCUCAGCAACGUGCACUGCCGCCUCUGCAGCAAGUACCACGUGGGCCACGUGGAGGUGGCCUAUGGCCCCGACACCUCGGACAAGGAUGUCUUCCAGAAGAAGAAGCUGGGCUGUCAGCUCCUGGGGAAGUAUAAGCAGGUCAUUGCCAUGCUGGCUCAGGCCUUCUAGACAGGAGGUCCUGAAGCGUGCAGUGACCCAAGAUCUUAGACUCAGGUGGCUCUCAGACUGUGGCCAGGGCCCAAAGCAUCACCAAACCCAAGUGCAGUCUGCUGGCAGACCCUGAGGGGUUCCUGGCCAGUCCACUCCCCUCCAGGGACACUGUGAUGAAACUGAGCAGAGUCAAAACUCCCAUAGGCAGGGCCUAUAUACAGCGCCAACUAGAAGAAGGUGCCCCUUCUUCUGGGAGACUGCAGCCAGCACCGGGGUAUGAGGCUGGUGAGGGGAGUGUGGGCUGGACUUCUGCCCCCACUUACCCCCUCAGCCAGGGGUUUUGUGACCAAACUGAACAACUUAUCUACGGCAACCCUGACCACAGGGCAACACAGCAAGGGUCGGGGGGAUUGCCCGGCCCCAGCAAGAUGACCACCAUCAGUGCCUUUGCUGCCCCUUAGGUAGACUUUGGAAGAUUUGGUUGGGGCAGGCCAGAGGGGCUGGGAUCCCGAAGGACUCCUUGGCCCCUGUAAGUGUGGUGAGUGGAAGUUAGAGAAGGGAGCUCUGAUUUGGGAUGUUGCCUUCUCUUGCAUGUGCUUGGAGAGCUCAGGCCUAGAAACUGUUAAGCCGAAGGUUCCAGAAGGGUUACUGGCAUUCAGGUUCCUGGGGAGGCAGAGAAGCCACCUUCAGGCCUGGGAAGGAAGAUACUGGAAGGAAGAGAGGCUCUGAAAGUCUUGAUGGGCUCUCCUUCCUCUUCCCCACAGUCUUUCCUGCAGCCCAGGAUGGCCAGG